AGCAUUCAAAGAAACCAUACCUUGCAACCAGAUUCUCUUCUGUUUCUAGUGAUCUCGAACAUUUCAUACAGUCAUUACGAGUCAUGGCUGAGGUCAGUGGCAUAUGCGACCCGGCGUUCGCGUCCGUGCGCGAUAUUUUGCAGCAAAACAUCUCCUCCGACAAAGAGCUUGGCGCCUCCAUCUGCAUCAGGGUCAAGGGAAAGACCGUCGUGGAUAUUUGCGGUGGCUACGCGGACGCAGCGCGAUCGAAGCCAUGGUCCGAGAAUACAAUUGUAUCGGUCUGGUCAAUGACCAAGGCGGUCAUGGGUUUGGCCAUGCUACUUCUCAUCGAUCGUGGCCUGGUCGAUCCAGAUGCCCCGGUUGCUAAAUACUGGCCGGAGUUUGCUGCUAACGGUAAAGAGGGUGUAUUGGUUCGACACUUUAUGAGCCACACGGCUGGCCUGCCAUCCUUCGAUCCCCCGAUCGACGAGGCCACCCUGCUUAAUGUGCCCCAGGCGACCGAAAACCUAGUUCAACAGAAACCCUGGUGGACACCCGGCACGGCACACGGGUAUCACCUUUGCUCCCAGGGGCAUCUCAUUGGGGAGCUAGUCCAUCGCAUAACGGGGAAAACGCUGGGUGAGUUUGUGCACGACGAGCUGGCUGUUCCCCGUAAUGCCGACUUCCAUCUCCCCGUGGCAGAAGAAGAAUGGGAUCGUAUCGCAGAAAUGGUUCCUGCCUCGGCGAAGAUGGACCUCUCCGGGUUAGACCCCAACAGUAUCAUGUAUCGUGCUAUGACUGGUAGUCCUGCUAAUCCAAACGCGCCCAAAGAGCCUGCGUUCCGUCGCAGUGGUCUUGGAUCCAUCGGUGGCUUUACCAACGCACGCGGGGCCAAUGACAUUUUAUCCAUCAUUACGCAGAAUGGCACUGUGGACGGGAAGCGGUUCUUGAAUCCUGAGACAAUUGACAAAAUAUUCGAGGUGCAGGCCAGUGGCCCAGACCAGGUGAUCGGAUUAAGUAUCGCGUGGGGACUUGGUUUCGGCAUUGAUAUGCUAGGUACCGUGGAUUGGAUGCCAUCGGGCAAGAUGGCCUUCUGGGGAGGAUGGGGAGGGUCCUUUGCGCUUAUGGAUCUCGAUCGUCAAAUGACUUUUACGUAUGUGAUGAAUAAGAUGGGCAUGAGUAUCCUUGGCAAUGAGCGGACGGGGGAUUAUGUGAAGGCUGCUUAUGCGGCGUUGGAAGGGUAUAACGCGUGACAGUCGACUGUAUGGUCGUCGAUGUAGCGUGCUUGGGGAUGCAUGCAGUUGCUGAUUCAAUUAUUAUUUCAAAUUGCAGAUGAACAUAUACCAGUUGGCCAGUCCAAGUAGCGUUAGUGUACAGCUUAUUCUACAGACAGCGAAGUAUUCGUCUAACGUAUGUA